AUGGAGCUGCUUGUCAACAAGAUGGCCUUCUUCUUCCUACCUUUUUGACACUGAUUAUUUCAGUAGUCCCAAGUAUAUACCGUUAAAAGCUCGUGCCACUUCUGAAAAUAUAACAAGGGAGGGUGUCCUUCAAAGUGUGCUAAAAAAGGCAUUGAGUGAGUGGCAUCUAGAGUAUUUGUGAAGAACUGACAGACUCUGGAUAGUAACCCGCGCUAAACAAGGUUGAUGAGAGAAGAGCUAGCUGGCUAAUGUCGUUAGCCGAAGAGCGAGCUAGCCUAGCUACGUGUCCACGGACCACUCGUGUUACCUGCGGAACACUAGCUGCUGUCGUCUUUUUGAGUCGCUCAGCUGAGACAUAAAGCUCGCUAUCCAGUUGUCAUCAACGAUUUUCCAGGCCAAAACUCGCUUUGGACUUGGACGUUAAGAUUACUCACAGAUUGUAUGCCUGUGGUCGCUGCUGAUCUGGGUGGCACACAGCGCCCGCCAGUUUGGCACUGGGACAGGGGGGCGGGGAGAGCAUGAGGAGUCCAGCCUCGGGUUCCUGCCGGCCAGCCUAGAUGCCGUUACGCCCUGUGGGCCGUCCGCUCCCUGAUGGACCGAGACACCUUCUCCCACAUCCGCCUGCUGUGCCCCCGCCCCUUCGGCACGUACUCUCAGAACAAGGCCCGCGGUGCCGGCUCCGCCGCCAGCGUUGGCGGGACACGGGGCUGCCCCGGCUCCCCUUCCCUCUGCAAGGCCGAGCCCUCUGCCACGGGCCGCGGGCCGCCAGAGGGCGGCGGCGGCGAUGAAGGGUGGCAGUCCGCGGUCGGGGAGCAGGGGGAGAACGUAGCCGCGGCACAAGACGACGAUGCGGGUUCAGAGAACACGCCCCCGGACCUCCCCUCCCCUCCCUCCAGUGCCAGCCCGGCGCCCGCGCCCCCCUCCGCCCCGCCCUCGCCCCCUUCCUCCGGGGCCCAGAUGGAGGAGGGCCGCGUGCUGCUGGACACCUGGUAUGUCAUCAAGCCGGGGAACACCAAGGAGAAGAUAGCCUUCUUUGUGGCGCACCAGUUCAGUGGAGCAGGACUACAGAGACCCAGUGCCAUGAAGGUGAAGGGUAACUGGGCAACGGACUGCAGCAAGGCCAAGCGGCGAAGGCGCUGUUCCUCCUAUGACCCUCCGACCCGCCCCCUGGCCUCCUCGGACCCCCAGCUCGACGAGACGCCGCCGGACGGGGUGAGCGAGACGGACCUCCUGUCCGUGGCGGAGAUGGUGGCUCUGGUGGAGCAGCGGACUGCCAUGGCCCUACAGGGCAUGGUCGCCUCCCAGGACCACCUGCAGCCCAGUCACCAGCUCACCACUGGCCAGGGCCUCUCCGUCCACCAGCACACCCUCCUCCGGAGCUCCGUGUCGGACCCCAACCCUAUGGUCUUCUCGUCGGAGGGUCCGGACUCCGGGCCUCCAUCGGACAACGACGAGGACUCCUCGUCCCCCAUCCGGACGGACCAGGAGGAGCAGGAUGACGAGCCCUGCAAGGUGGCCGACGCCAUAGCCCUCUUUGAGUCCCAGAACCAGGAGAAUCAGCUGAGGCUGGCCUCGGGCUCCACAACCCUAUCGGAGCCGUCCGACCCGGUGAGGGCCCGCGGGGGAGGAGGGGAGCCAGGGCUCUGCAACAAGGCCACCCCCCCGCCCCCGACUCAGUGUCACGGCGAGGUGAGGAUCGCUUUCCGCGUGUCCAGUCUGGACCCGCGGUCCCAGUCGGAGCCCGCCGGCCGGCCCCGCUGCAUGUUCAUGAGCUGCGGCGCCGGCGCCGGCCAAUCGGGGGCCAGGGCCAAGGAGAAGAUCACGUGUGACCUCUACCAGCUGGUCAGCCCGUCGUCGCGGGACCCCAGCGGCCUGCUGCUCGCCAAGCCAGACGGAGAAGCGGCCUACCACGCAGACAGGCAGGCCUGCCGCUGCCCGGAGCCGGGCCAGGAGCUCCCCAAUGCGGAGAAGAAGGGCGUGGGGAGGGAGCGGAUGACGGGCUUCCACGUGGAGGUGGUGGUGACGGGCGCCGUGGACCAGUGCGUGUUCUACGGCAAGGACAGCACGGAGAACGUGCAGGAGGAGACGGUGUGCUUCGCCAUGCCGGGCGGCGGGGUGGACCUGUCGGCCGACGACCCCCCUCCCGGCCAGCUCUUCUUCCUCCAGCCCCCCCGGGGGCCGGAGGAGGACGGCAAGGGACCGGGCCCCGGCGUGUCAGGAAUGUGUUCUUUGGACUGCACCAACGGCGGUGGCGGCGGCAGCAGCAGCGGCGCGGGCAGCCCCGGCUCGCUGGUCGCGGUGGGCCCCGGGGAGCGGGCGGCGCGGCCCGACUCGCCGCUGGCCGGCGGCGGCGUGGCGGCGGACGACUGUUCGGACCCUUCCCUGUGCCGCCUCUACCGCCACGUCUCGCAUGACUUCCUGGAGAUCCGCUUCCAGAUCCAGCGGCUUCUGGAGCCACGGCAGUACAUGCUGCUGCUGCCCGACCACAUCAUGGUCAACAUCUUCUGCUACCUGCCCACGCGCGCCCUGGCCGCGCUCAAGUGCACCUGCCACGACUUCCGCUCGCUGAUCGAGACGUACGGCGUGCAGGCGGUGGACUCGCGCUGGAACCAGGACCCGCUGUACCGCGAGGACCCCUGCAAGCAGUGCAAGCGGCAGUACGAGCGGGGCGACGUGUCGCUGUGCCGCUGGCACCCCAAACCUUACCACCACGACCUGCCUUACGGACGCUCCUACUGGAUGUGCUGCCGGCGCACAGACAAGGACACGCCGGGCUGCCGCGUCGGCCUGCACGACAACAACUGGGUGCAGCAACCCGCCGACGGCAGCCAGUCGGUGCGCGCCAAGCGGGAGGAGCGCAGGGAGGAGGCCAGGUAGAAAGAGGGAGUGCAACCCCCCCCCCCCUCCUGCCCUUCGGCUUGGCCCCCCACCCUCUGUUUUUAGAGGAGCAGAAGAGAGCACAGGGACGGCUCGGCACUCUCUAGGACUCAACGUGUCCUGAGUUUUCUCCUGCACUCCACUAUCGUUUGUCCUUUUUUAGAGGGAGGAGGGCCAGGGCGAGGGGUUCAGAAGAAGAGCUGUGUCUCCUUCACUGUACCGACCCCUCGCUCUCCCUCUCGCCCCGACUUUACUGCAGCGAUGUGACGUAGUAUUACCACGGUUGGGGUCCCCUCCUGCUGCUCUGCACACUGUCUGCUGCCCCCCCCCCUGUCUUUGAUUCAAUGUUCCUUCCAAUACUCCAUACUUGGCCGUUGAGUGCUCCCAUGUGAAUGCCCCGCAGUAAACCUGACUCACGAUUAGCAUUCAUAACAACGUGACGCAUAGAAAUGUAAUGUUGCGCUUACUUAGUGACCAUACUCCUGCUAUGGCCAAAUAUCUCCUCAUCCUCGUUGAGUUUGCGCGUUGUGAGUUGUGUCCAUAACCCCUCCAUGUUAGCUGUGCAAUGGUGCUUCAGAGGGAUGAACGGCACAGGGUCAUAAAGAGAUCUGCUUUCUUUAUUUUGGGGUGAUGGAAUGUACAGCAUUGUUGUAGAAAUGUGAUUGUAUAGAGCUAACUUGCGUAUAAUUUUUCUCUUCCGUUGAACAAGGCUGCCACUCACACUUUGUCCCGUUGUCAUGGGUUUCUUUCUAUCUAUGAAUGUGCUGUAAUAUUAUUGUCUCUUCUACAUCCCCUUCCCUCAUUGAUAAUGCUGCUGAAAUCAUUGCCUCUGACAGGAACGUUAACUCGGUAAUAGCCAUACUAGUGGUCAACGAGAGGCUCUCGUCUCCCUUUUCACCCCCCAACCCUAGCCUAGUUUACUGGCCCCUCUGAUGUCUGUCCUCGCCAUCCGGUCGGAGUGGACCCCAACCUUGCUGAGUGCACAUAGGAGAAUCAAACCAGGGACUUACUGGUUUACAAAGGAUUAUGGGAGAUGGUCUAUGAAAUAAACACUAGGGUGGAAUGGGAGAAAAGCAACUUGAUGUCACUUUGCAAAGGCCCGAUGUCACUUUGUAUGGAUUGAUUGACUUGCUUAUUUGCUAUUUUAGUUUUACUUUGUUUGGUUUUUAUAAGGAUGGGUGUGUCAGAGAAUGUUUGUUUAUUUUGAAGACAGAGUUCCCAGUACCAAGUAUCGCAUCACCCCGCCACCUCGGAAACCUGUUUUAUUUUCUAUCAGAUUUAACUGCCAAAUCUCAUUUACCCUCAAUUUGGUUCGAUCCGAUAAAGGUUUGCUGAAGCGGUUUAUGCUUUGCAGCAGGUGAAAGGACCAGAUUUCUCCACACCAGCUUUCAGCCUUAAUACCCCCUCCCGCACACACACACACCCCUAUACCCUCCCCUGGAGAGAAUAUGGCAUCGGAUACCUCACAAAGAUUACGCAUUUUAUCAGGGGUCGCAGCAGCCCGUCUGUCCUUCUGAUCGGGCGCUGCGCUCCGUGCAGACGUUUUAAAGGGCCCUCUGUGGCCUGUGGACGGCUCCUCAUUCCCUCAGCCUCCUCUCCAUCCCUUUUUAAACGCACCCAAUUAGCUCUGCUAGCUGACCAGACUGGACCUGUGUACAAGACCGACCUGGUGAAUGAUACGAGACUGCAUGGAAACAAGCGUGGGGGGGGGGGGGGGGGGAAAACAGAAGCGUGGGAGGCACGGGAGAACUUUGUAGGUUCCUGAUGUGUACAAUGCUAUUGGGAAAUGUGUGCUUAAAUAAAAACAAUUGAUGAUUAAACUGGACACCUGUACUGUGCUUGGUUUCUGACCGUGCACAACGGAGUGGUAGCGUUAUUGUGGUAGUAAAGCUCAACGUGGAAAAUUGUCUUAUCAUUAGGUAGCAAGGACACACGGUGUGUGGGUUGAAGCUUGUAUGAUAGAUGGACUUCACUGCUUGGAUUUUAUUCAAAUCUUUCCAGGCGCUCACUGAGAUUCCCUGUCCAUUUUAAAGUAAAGAAUGUGCAGCUUCACAAUUUCAUCAGAAGGUAACGGAAGAUGGUAAUGGCUUUAUAACUUGACACCAUUUGAGGAUCCGGGAAUGUGCUUGGUUGCAACCCAACGUUAUUGAUCACAACCUAUAGUGAAUGCAGACUGGUGUAAACCAGCCAAGAACCAAAGUGAUAUCUAUUGCAUGUUAGUUUGCUUAGAUAUCACUGCUUAGAUAUUUUUUGAAGAUUACUCUUCAAAAAUGUUAGCACAUUUCUUUUAAUGGUAGAGAACAAAAGUGUUAGUGUAAACAACCAAGACAGCUAGGCCAAAUUACAUUUAACAAAGCAUACAUUUAAUUCAUCUUUUUAACUUGCCCUAAAAAUGUAAAUGAAUUUCAGGAUAUAUGUUUGACCGACUUUAUUUGGUAUACAAUCAUGUACUUUUUAAUGCUAGGUCUCAUUCUGGUGGAACUAUGCAAAGUAACCCCACAUGAAGACGGCGACAGCCAUCAUGAUGAUGGCGUUGGCAUCUACAAAGUGCUUCCACAUGGGGUCCUCACUGAUAUCAGGCAGUUCUUCUGGCGCCUCAGCCACUUCCUGGUCAGUGUGCUUCGGGGUCUGGGAGCCGCCGUCCAUGCCACAGAACCAUCCAAUCAGGCGCCGGAUACCAGACUUGACUUUCCUUGGAGCCGCUAAGAGAAAUACAAAAUUGGUAUAGGCAGAUUUAAGCAUACCUAAUUAUAUAAAAGGUUAAUGAUUGGUUCAAUGUUAGCUAAUCAAGCUAGUAUAUGCUGCUAUGUCAUUCUUCUUGAUUGCGUCAGUCAUUUUAAUCUUGUGGAUCUCACCUGGGUCACUUUCAGCCUUUUCUCUUUUCCUCUGUUCCACCUCUCUGCGUCGUGUUUUCCUUCUCUCCUCCUCCUUCCAGUCAAGGUCCUCCCUCUCCUCUUUGGAGUGACGUAGGCUGAACACCAGACGAUGGAGCUGUGAGCAGGAAAGCAACACUUAGUGCCAACGACGCACAAGUAUUCACUGUCCUGCACUCAUUCAACCAAAGACUUGGCAUAAUCGUAUAUAAAAUGAUAAAUGAAUUCAUUACUUUAACUCCCGGCAGGGAGGACCACGUUGGACUACAUCUUGCCUCCUUCAAGGGUACAUUCUUGUUAGCUUGAGUCUGGUGCAAGUGAAAAAGGAGCGGGGACACAGCGAGGAGCUGUCAUACUGAGAACAGCGUUUCCAAUCUUACACAAUGGUUCCUUUGCUAGAGAAGGGUGUUCCUCAAAUUGUCUCCAGACCCUCUCCAAGCCUGCUCCUGGGAGGGAUUGGCUUGCUAGACAAUAUCAUCUUCCAAUAAGAUGCACGCCAUCUGCUCAUGAUGUCAUGCACACACAGCUGUAACAGGGUGCGGUUGCCAGAUGACACAGAGAGAUAGAAGCACUGACGUGUUGGGCGUUCAGGGGCUCGGUGCUGUAGCUGACCAGCAGCACCAACACGGAGGUGCAGAGGAAGAGCAGCACGGCAAAGUACAGGUAGUGGACGCCGCAGAUCACAGCCGGGCAGGCCGAGGGGAAAAGGCAGCUGCCCGUACCGAACCAGAACUCUGGAACCAUCCGACACAGACCCAUCGCCAGGCCUCCCAUCAGACCCCAGAAUGCACCCUGGUGUUGAGAGACAAGGAGAGAGAGAGAGAACAGUAGACAUUUUUAAUAAUGUGGGCUCAUGAAGUGCACUUCCUGGGAUAAUGUACUGAGUGUCAGAACUUGAAUACGAGUAAUUAUAUUUAUUUCAUAUAUAUUUCAUCACAUGUAAAACCUUUUGGAAUAUUUAUUUGACUCAGACUCAAACAACAGCAAUUUGCAGUGUAAUACGGUUCCUAGUUAAUUAUGCAUGAAAGGGCAUUGGUGUCACAAUACAUAAGCUCACCGGUUCAUUGACCCGCCUAACAAACACGGCCAGGAAGAAAACUGAUGCGAUGGGCGGGGCCAGAUAGCUGGUCACUGAUUGGAUGUAGUCAAACAGCUGACCACUCUGGGCGGCCUGCACGACUGGUAUCCAACAGAUGCUAACGCCCACUAUGACCAGUACCCAGAUUCUGAGGAAGGAAUGACAAGGUGGAAAUACAGGUUGAUAGAGGAGGGAAAGUAUAUUUCUAAUUGGGACAAGGUAAGAUAAUGAGUCAUAAAGGAAAAACUAAACUUUUAGCUCGGGAGGAUCCAAACUAUUGAAUGACUUUUGUGAACUUGGUUCAGAAAGAGGGAUCUAUCAAACAAAGAAAUAUCAAAGCUCUUUCUCAGGCUUCUUUUCCAAUGGAGUGCUUUGAGUGGCAUCCAACACAGAGCAAAUUAAUAGGGUAGGAUAGAGCGACAUGACAAAGAGAGCCCCUUAAAGGGACCGCCGGAGGCCCUUGUUGACCCUGACCUUCCCACGAGCAUGAGCUCGCUCUCAGCGGCCUGCGGUCGCAGACGGGUC